AAAACAUAGAAAGCAUCUCACUGCGGAGUCCCCCAGUGACGUGUGAGGUCUGCCAACCACGAUGGGUUUGUUUGAUUUGUGCACAGAUGUGGGGGGCAGAGUCCAGUGCUGCCUCGGGGCACUGCUGAUGAAAUCCCUUUCACCACGUAGACCUUGAAACGGUGCGGAUUGCCAGCGGAUGGCACUAUCUCAGCUAAUCAUUCCUCUUGAACUUUCAAGAAAACAGCAGCCGGCCGAUCCUCAGACAACUUGGAGGGAGUGUUGCUGGGCCCGUUGCGGAGAGCGAGAGCGCGGGGUCCGGAUCGGGGCACACUCCAUGUGCCCCCCUGAGAGGAAGGCUCUUCCCUCUUUGAACUUUUCUAACUGCAGUCGUUCUGUCUCGCCUCGGGGCUCGCCUGUCGCCCCACGAUGGCCUUUCAUACGCUGCUGGACGUGGUGGGCGGCCUGGGCCGGUUCCAGCUCCUCCAGCUGGUGCUCCUCUGCCUGUCCUGCUUCCUGGUGUUCCCGCACAUCCUCCUGGAGAACUUCACCGCCGCGGCGCCCGCGCACCGCUGCUGGGUCCCCAUCCUCGACAACAACACCGGCUGGGCCAAUGGCUCGGGGGCCCUCGGGCCGGACGCCCUGCUGCGGGUCUCCAUCCCGCUGGACUCGGACCGGAGGCCGGAGAAGUGCCGCCGCUUCCUCCACCCCCAGUGGCAGCUCCUUCACCCGAAUGGAACCUUGUCCAACGCGAGCGAGCCGGACACGGAGCCCUGUGUGGACGGCUGGGUGUAUGACCGGAGCACCUUCUCCUCCACCAUCGUGACCCAGUGGGACCUGGUAUGUGAAGCUGAGACGCUGAAAUCAAUGGCCAAGUUCUCGUUCAUGGCGGGCAUGCUGGUGGGAGGGGCCAUCUACGGCCACUUAUCAGACAGGUUUGGGAGGAGGCCAAUUCUCCGAUGGUGCUCCCUCGCGCUCGCCAUCGCCGAGACCUGCGCGGCCUUUGUGCCCCUGCUCCUCGCUUACUGCGCGCUGCGCUUCUUGGCCGGCUUCUCCACCAUGGGCAUCCUCAACAACAGCUUUGUGCUCAUUGUAGAGUGGACCGCGCCCCGGUUCCAAGCCCUGGGGAUGACUACGACCAUCGGUGCUGCUUGCGUGGGGCAGUUGCUCCUGGGAGGAAUGGCCUUCGCCAUCCGCGACUGGCACACCCUCCAGCUGGUGUACUCUCUACCGCUAUUUGUCUUGUUUCUUUCCUCGAGGUGGUUGGCGGAGUCUGCUCGGUGGCUGAUUAUCACCAACAAACCGGAGGAGGGCUUAAAGGAACUUAGAAAAGCUGCCCACAUGAAUGGAAGAAAGAAUGCUGGCGACACCCUCACCAUGGAGGUUUUGAGGUCCACCAUGCAGGAGGAGCUGGAGGCCGCGCAGACCAACCCCCCCGUGUCCGACCUGUUCCGCACGCCCAACAUGCGUGAGAGGGUCUGCCUCCUGUCCUGUGUGCGAUUUGCAAACGUCUUACCCUUUUACGGCCUGAGCCUGCACCUCCAGUACCUGGGGAGCAACGUGUUCCUGUUCCAGGUUCUCUUUGGCGCCAUCACCCUCCCGGCCAAUUACGUCGCACUGUUGGCCAUGAAUCGCCUGGGCCGGCGGCUUAGCCAGAUGCUCUUCCUGCUCCUGCUGGGGAGCUUCAUCCUGGCCAUCACGUUUGUGCCUCAAGGGGGGUCCAAGCCCCACACCAUACCUUCAUGCUCUCUGGACGGAAACGAGCUAAUCCCCACCGUCAUCAGGGCCACAGCUUCCGGAAUCGUUGCGAUGGCCGGUAACAUCGGGGCGGCCAUGGCUCCCCUCCUGAUGAUCCUGGUGGUGUACUCUCCGCACCUGCCCUGGAUCCUCUAUGCGGUCUCCUCCUUCGUCCCCAGCCUUGUCGUCUUCUUCCUUCCCGAGACCAGGAAUCAGCCGCUGCCCGACUCCAUCCAGGACGUGGAAAAGGAGAGAAAAGGCUCAAGAAAAGCAGACCAGCAAGACACCUUCAUAAAAGUGACCCAGUUUUAAGGAAUUCCAGGAACGGACUGCUAAUCCAGGAAAAGGGGGAGGGCAGGGGAUGGGAUCAUGCCUAGGUGUUGGCAAACGUUGGGAAAUAAAUAAAUUAAAAGAUAUAAUGAAAAAGAUGGAUCCCACUGACAAUCUGACAAUUGCAGUCCUAAAUAACUAUGUAUAGAAUACCUGUGAUUAAUUAUACAAAGAAGUUUGAGAAAACUCAUUAUAUUCUUAAAGAAAUCAUUAUAAAAUAUGUGUAUGCAUGUCGAUCCCUA